CGAAUCUACCAGCAAGAAGCAAGAAGCGAUUGUUUUGUCACUUUCUUUCCCCUUCGUACCUUCGGCGAACGAAUGGCUCCAAUCCGAGAGUGAUUGGUGGCAUCUGAGCAGGAGCAAAGUGUUCCGAAAGUGUGUUGCAAAAUGCACAACAGUUCGCAACACGGACCAAGUUGUCAGUCCCGGACGAGACUUGUAACGGUGAACUCCCGCUGCGUGUGAUUCGGCCACAGUAUAUACGGUGUAUGUUGUUCCCCUUUUUUUUGUUGGCUUCCAUCUUACCCGGGAUGCUGGUGUGUCCCUUGGCAGUGCCAGGAGACGGAUCUUCGCCAGCAGGUCCGAAUUGAAACGGGUUCAGUGUUCUGUGGGUGCUACUACGUGGUCCGACGUUACUCCUCAAUUCUUAAUGUGCGACGAGCAGGUGAUGCUUGAGCGGGUAAGCAAGCAGGCAAGCAGUUGUGAAUACGGGCCCAGAUUUUUGGUCAACGAGGUACAUCUGUCGACGUUUGGUGUGGCCUGGAGCUGUACGGUGAGCAAUUAGCCAUUUACACAGUGCAGGGAGUUGGGAGCAUGUGGGCUGCCAGCUUACACAGCUGUGGAUAGUUGUCUUUGAACGCGCGUACGCAAACGCGUAAGGAAUUUCUUUGCGGUGGAUUUUGAGGAAUGAUAUCAUUCGUAGAAGAAGUUAAUAGGUGCCAGGCAUUGGUGAAAUCUAACUCAAAUCGUAUGUAUGGCGAAGCUUUGAUUUGACGUAAAUAUUAAAACAAUACAAUGGGAUUCCAUCGGGACAAGCAACGAGUGACCGAACACAUCAAGUUAGCAGUGAAGUUGUUGAGCUUGAGCGAUAGUGAAGAGCGUGACAGUAUGGUUGACUGCGGUUACAGUGCUGGAUGCGGGUGUGUAUUGUGAGAUGUGUGAGCUGAUCAAUAAAACUUGACAGGAUGGCUUUAAUCUGUCAACAGCAUCUAAUUACUGCCCGUAUGAUGGAAAUUCCAAUCUUUCUUCCCACGCUCCGUCUGGCACAGUGUUAGUUGCUGGUGAUGCUAUAAAGUGUUUGUGUGUGAAACUUGUGAAUGUAAAAAAAUGCACUAAAAAUGUUAUUUGACACCGGUCAAUAAAACAAAAAAAAAUCACAUAGCAGGAAAUAAAACAGAACGAUAUUUUGAAUUAGCUAACUAAUGAAAACUCUACAGCACGAGGAACAUCGACCAGUGAACGCGGCGGAAAAUGCAAAUAUAAAACAAAAUUCAUUACACGAACUUCCACACCGUCACCUGGAAGGAGGGGAGUGUUUGCUUUCCAUUUCACGGGGGAAAAAAUUUCAUUCCUGGUAGGGAAAUAGCUUCGCAUCUCUAAAUUAACGGAGAAAGGCUACGGUGGAAGUGUACGCCAAUUGUUGUGUGUUGGGAACGAAACUUUUACCAUUUUUGUAACUGUACGGUAUUGCUUCAACGGGUAAUAUAUUCUUUCGACCAAAAUCUGGUGUUUGUGUGCUGUGGUGGUGGUAAACUAAUGGUGAAAAUGUUUUCUGCAGAAUGAUAAGCUCCUUCGUGGAAGGUGGGCGCGCGCGUGAAAUUAUUCGCUUUGGUAGCAAUUAACCACUGAUACAAGUGAGCUCGGCACGCCGUUGGAAAACGUAAAAAAUACUCCAGUGUACGUGUGCAUUUGUGUGUGUGCGCGAUUGCGGUUGUGUUCCUGAAUGGAUGCGUGUGCGUGGGAUUGAAAUAAAAAAAAAAUGUCUCCAAAGAAGGGAAAUCAACCGCCAAGCAAGAUUGUUGCAAUGAUGAGAAGAAGUGUGAAGCUGGUUACGAUAUGCGAUCCUUGCUAGGGGAUGCCCGUAGGCAGGUGGCCGUUUGAAAGUGAGCGCUUCUAUGUGUGUGUGUGCGUAAGUGCGCCUGUUGCGUUGGCGGUAGGAUCGUGAUCGUGUUUGUUGGUCACUUUUGACGUGUUUGGGUGUGUGUAUUGGCUACUUUGUGCGAAGGAUCAUAAGCACUAGCAUAAAAGCAUAACCCGUUCAUGUGAGCGGGUGGCAUGAUGGAUAGAAUGCUUUCGCAAUGGAACCACAGCGGAGAGCCUUUGAAGCCGUUGUUGACACGAUAAGGCCAACGUUACCGCAGCGAGCGCCUUCGAACGGUUUGAGAAGAACAAGUGUCACCGGCCGUUCCACUGGCUUCAUUACCGCCGGUCGUCGACGGAGCAUAGAAUUCCCGGCGACGGGUACCAACCACGGGUACAGCAACAGUGGUAGAGUAGCAAAAAUAGCUUGCCCACUAGUACUACCACCAACGACAGCAGGAUGGGUGGCUUUCCGUUCGAGCGAACGACGGUUGACAGCUUUCUGUCACGGUACACGACGGAGACAUCGAUACCGACCGCAACGACGACGGUUAUGGCCGUGGAGGAGCUGUUCUUCAACGUUACACCGUCAGCUGACUCGCUGCCUACCGCCAACGGUACGCUGGACGUCCUGGCGGAGGAGUCGGAGCCGACCUACUCGCUAGCGCAGAUUAUCAUCCUCGGCAUCAUUGCGACGGUGCUGAGCAUUCUCACCGUGGCCGGCAACGUGAUGGUGAUGAUCUCGUUCAAAAUCGACAAACAGCUGCAAACGAUCAGCAACUAUUUUCUGUUUUCGCUCGCUAUUGCCGAUUUCGCGAUCGGGCUCAUCUCGAUGCCACUGUUUUCGGUCACCACGCUGCUUGGGUACUGGCCGCUUGGACCACACAUCUGCGACACCUGGCUAGCGCUGGACUAUCUUGCAUCGAAUGCAUCCGUGCUGAACCUGCUUAUCAUCAGCUUCGAUCGGUACUUUAGCGUAACGCGCCCACUAACUUAUCGAGCGAAACGUACGACAACCCGUGCAGCAAUCAUGAUCGGCGCGGCUUGGGGUAUUAGUUUGCUGCUGUGGCCACCUUGGAUCUACAGCUGGCCAUACAUCGAGGGCAAACGAACGGUGCCCGAGAAGGAGUGCUACAUUCAGUUUAUCGAGACCAAUCACUACAUUACAUUCGGUACGGCGAUCGCUGCGUUUUAUGUGCCCGUUACCGUGAUGUGCUUCCUUUAUUAUCGGAUAUGGCGUGAGACGAAGAAACGACAAAAGGAGUUGAAAAAUUUAACGGGUGAUCGAAAAAAGGAUUCUUCCAAGCGGUCCAAUUCAAGCGAUGAAAACACAGCCGUUAACCAUUCGGGAGGCCAUGUACUGCCCGCCAGCGUAGCUGAUCCGGACGGUUGGCGAAGACCGCGCAGUGAAUCUUCGGCGGACGCGGAAAGCGUUUACAUGACCAAUGCCGUCCUUCCGGAUGGUGCCUACGGACAUGGCAUGUUGUCCCGACGUUCAAGCAUCACUAUGAACGGAGUCCCGAAAAAGCCGACCACCUUCUUCGGCGGCAUCAAGGAGUGGUGUAUCGCGUGGUGGCAUUCCGGCCGCGAGGACUCCGACGACUACGGGUAUGACGUCGAGGAACCGUCGGACUUAGGGUAUGCAACACCUGUAUCCAUAGAAACUCCCCUACCAAGCUCAGUCACCAGAUGCACCUCACUGAAUGUGAUUCGUGAUCCAUACGUGGCCGGAAGUGGCGGUCGCAGUAACGUUGUCAGCAUGAUACCGGAUAUUUCGCCCACACCGAUACGGCCCGCUUUGCCACCGUUGGCUCAUCUGCAAGAUAUGCACGGUGCGCGGGAUUCACGCUCGCUACCCAACAGCAACCGGCUGGGAUCGCGCUCCGUUAGUCAGGAUUCGGUGUAUACCAUCCUCAUUCGAUUGCCACCUGAGGGCGGUUCGGGUGACGAACGUGCACCUUCGAUCAAGAUGAUACAGGACGAUGUCCCGAUGUCGAUGACGGUACCACCGCGGCGUCCACUACCUUCGCGCGAUUCUGACUACAUCAUACCGGUGGCGACCCGUCGCCAGUCAACCGCUACCACCGAUUUCCGGUUACCGCUUUCGGCGAAAAUCAUCUCGAAGCCACUGUCCAAGCAGCAGCAGCAACUGCACCAAGCAAACCUCGCCCAAACGGCACGCCAGGUGAAGAAGAAGAAAAAGUCUCAAGAAAAGCGUCAGGAAACGAAGGCAGCCAAAACGCUGUCGGCUAUCCUGCUCAGCUUCAUCAUCACCUGGACACCGUACAACAUUUUGGUGCUGCUGAAGCCACUGACUGCGUGUGCGAAAUGCAUUCCGCAGGAACUGUGGGACUUUUUCUACGCACUUUGCUACAUCAACUCCACCAUCAAUCCGGUCUGCUAUGCGCUGUGCAAUGCAUCGUUCCGGCGGACGUACGUGCGCAUACUGACCUGCAAAUGGCACACGCGCAAUCGGGAAGCGAUGACACGCGGUGUGUACAACUAAAUCACGGUACUGCUGGUACUUGACCAAAACAUUCACCACAUUUCAUCAGACAGCAGCAGUUGCCAGGUUGGGUGCUGGAGGUUGGAUGUUUAUUUAGCUAUCGGAAUAUCGAGUUUGUUGAUCAGCGGUCCUGGGAUGACUGGUUUUGUGAAUUACGUAUUGGCG